UUUGCGGUUGGCUUCUGUACUCUAUGUAUACUAUCUCUAUGUAUGAGAUAGCCAAGCUCCGCCUUCAGGACCAUCACGUGACCAAACAGCGGCAAUUUCAAAUCACGGUUCACACGUAUGGUAGUGGAAUAGUAGUAACUCCAAUUCUGUACUUCGUAUACUUUCCGUUUUCUGUCACAAAAUACCGCAAGCAAUGCUCCGUCCUUCAGAUCCAUACGGGACCAAUAGAUAUAGCUAACAAUCAUGGCGACACAAAACCAGGAAUCAUACUUGUUCUUUUAGUAAUGUUGCUGAUUUUUAAAGCAUUUUUCCAUGCAUUGGAGAGAUCUAUCUUUUUAGAGUUGCCAAAUACAUUCUGCCUCUUUACAAAGCGUUCGUUUGCGCGAGGGAAGCAUAUGAUAACUGAGAUGUGAAUUUUUAUUUGCUCUGCUCCCACAAUUUUUCACUGCACAAUAAUCCCAGUUGGUACUUUUUUUACGUGAUAUAAACUUGCCAAUCUCCCUCGCACUUAUUUCAUUAAUGAAAAAUACAAGAUUAACGAAAAUUGCUGUGCCAAACAAUGCUUUCGCCUGGCGCGCCUGGCUUUGUCUAGUUCUUCUGCUCGCCACGAGAGGUCAUGGUAAAUGUGUCAAUUCCCAAUAGAGUGGAUAGAAUGUUCCUCAGUGUUCCAAACGUAUGUAGUGAAUCAGAGUUUUUGUGAGUUUCGAAAGUUCCGAAUUUUUCCAAAUAUUGAAUAUUUCCUUGUGCUUAUUGUAUAUUGUAUUGAGGAUUUGGAAAUAGAGAAAGGAUCUGGAAAAUCUAGCAUGCCUGCAACAAAAAAAAAUACAUCGGGAAAGUUCGUCGGAUCAUCUCAGAGAAUGAGAAUUAUAAACCUUUACAAACAUAUGAUGAGCAAAAAGCCAAUUCCAAGAUAUAAAUCGAUGAUAAUUGAGCUAAUGAAGGAAACGGGAAUUGGUAAAACAACAAUACAGAAGACAAUUUCUGAAUAUAAAUCUACAGGCAGAGUAACCUCGCCAAACAGGACGAGACCGCGCGUAAAAAUUUUUCAAAAAUUGUCUGACGAAGAAGUACUUAGUAUACGCAAGAAGGUACAUGAUUGUUGGUUCUCUCGCGAAAUUCCGAACGUGAAAAAAAUAUGGAAAGCUGUAAAUGAUGACCCGCAGCUCCCGUCCUUCAGUGAGUCGUCCAUGUAUCGGAUAUUAAAGCAAUUGGAAUUCAAAUGCAUAAUUCGUUGUCACAAUAACGCUUUAAUCGAGGAGGACUACAUUGUCGCCUGGCGACAACAAUACAUUGAGGACAUUCAACGAUAUCGAACAGAAGGGCGUCCAAUAUAUUAUUUAGAUGAAACUUCGAUUAACGUUGCAGACUCCCCGGUAAAAAGCGAACUGCCGAUAAGCAAUCCUGAGACCUCUUGCAACAAAGACCGGUUGCUUAUUGCACACGUCGGGUCAUCGGACGGAUUUCUACCUGGAGCUCUCCUUUGUUGCCAAUCCAAAACAGAUUCUGACGAUUAUCUUAAGGAAAUGAACAACUAUACAUUUUUUACGUGGUUCAGGAAGAUUUUGCCCAUGCUAAGAGAUCGGGCAGUUAUUGUGAUGGACGAUACUCCACUCCACAAUAUGAUAAUUGAAAAUUAUCCAAAUUUAGAUUGGAAGAAAAACGAUAUAAUUACGUGGCUGAUAGGUAAGGGGGAAAAGCUGCAGUCUGUACACUAUGUAAAGGUGCAAUUACUUAAAUUAGUUGAGAAGCAUAAGCGCCCGGACGACAGAAAUUAUGUCGUUGACGAGUUUGCAAAGCAGUUUGGACAUACUGUGGUACGCCUUCCCCCGUACCAUUGGGAAUUGAAUCCCAUUGAAUUGGCAUGGGCAAAAAUAAAAGAAUACAUCCGAGCUCAAAGUACAAUGGACAUGUUACCAGAUGUUGAACACUUAGUUGAAUCAGCCGUGAAAAAUGUGAACGCCGAGUCAUGGCAAAAUUUAAUCAUGCAUACAACGGAAGUAGAAACUAAGUUGCGUCAGCUUGACUACAUCACGGACGACAUGUUAGACGAAGGUGAACCCUGGAUGGAUAAUCAGUCCGAUGAUUCCGGCGGAAUUGAUUCCGAAACUGAAUGAUGCUAUAUUAAAGACCUUCACAUUUUUGGA